CGCACAGCUUUUGUUGACUUUUAAAGUUCACUGAAACAACCCAGACCAUUUGCCCUUCUUUAUAAAUACUCUCACUCUUUUCCUGCAAAACCUCAACCUCUUCUUCUUCUUUUAAGUUUAACAAUGAAGCUCAUGAGAAGCACCCAGAGAGCUCAAGUACUGUUUGUGUUACUUGGACUAGUAAGUUUAUUAUUAAGAGGAGCUGAAUCAUUUGAUUAUACUGCCAUUAAUUGUCGAAAACACACAGCGUCAUUGAAAGAUUUUGGAGGAGUUGGUGAUGGAAAGACUUCAAACACAAAGGCUUUCCGAUCAGCCGUUGCAUCUCUUAGCAAGUUCCAAAACGACGGUGGAUCCCAGCUCUUUGUUCCCCCAGGGAGAUGGCUAACCGGAAGCUUUAACCUCACUAGUCAUUUCACACUUUACCUUCACAAAGACGCCGUCAUUCUUGCUUCUCAGGAUCUAAGCGAAUGGCCUAUUAUAGGCCCCCUGCCGUCCUAUGGCAGAGGUAAAGACCUGCCGGGAGGACGAUACAUCAGCCUCAUCUUUGGAAUGCAGCUCACAGAUGUUAUAAUAACAGGUGAUAUGGGAACAAUAGAUGGACAAGGUGCUUGGUGGUGGCAAAGAUACAAAACCGUACUUAAAUCCAACAGGCCAUACUUGAUUGAAAUUAUGAACUCUGACCAAGUUCAGAUAACCAAUCUUAAGUUAAUUGAUUCUCCUUCGUGGCACAUCCAUCCUGUUUACAGCAGUAACAUUUUCAUUAAAGGGAUUACAAUUGUAGCCCCUCCAGCAUCCCCAAACACCGAUGGGAUAAAUCCAGACUCGUGCACAAAUGUGCGCAUUGAGGACUGCAACAUUGUUUCUGGGGACGACUGUGUCUCAGUAAAAAGUGGAUGGGACCAAUAUGGAAUUGCAUUUGGGAAACCAACCAAACACGUAAUUAUAAGAAGGCUCACUUGUACUUCUCCUAAUAACGCAGUAUUAACUAUAGGAAGUGAGAUGUCUGGUGGGAUACAAGACGUUCGACUUGAAGAUAUUGUAGCUAUCAGAACCGAAUCAGCAGUUCGAAUGAAAACCACACUAGGGCGCGGUGGAUAUGUCAAGGACGUAUUCAUCAGAAGAAUGACAAUGAAAACCAUGAGAUGGGCAUUUUUAAUGACAGGAAACUACAGUACCCACCCUAAUAACAAUUACAACAGAAAGGCUCUUCCAGUUAUAGAUGGAAUAAGCUUUAGUGAUAUGGUCGGCAAUAACGUUAAAAUUGCAGGGCAAUUGGAUGGUAUCAAGGGAAACCCAUUUACUGGUAUAUGCAUAUCCAAUGUUACACUUAGUAUGCUACCUACGUCCAAGUUUGCUCCGUGGACUUGUAGUGAUAUUAAAGGAUUAACAAGUGGUGUCAGUCCUAAGCCGUGCGGUAUGUUAACAGCACAAGUUGCAAAAAGAUGUCCUUUCCCCACAGAUAUCCUACCAAUCGACAGAAUUCAACUUAAGAAGUGUUCUAUCAUUGCCAAGCUAUAAACCUACCCAUGGCCCCUGAAGUGUAUAUUUACGUCCUUUUCACUGCGUGAACUUGUUUCUGUGUGCAUCUCUUCUCUGUAAUAAAUAAAACUAUCAGUUAAACGUUAAAAGGAGGAACAGUUACAUCAAUUUACUUGCUCAUCUUUAUCAGCA